UAAAUAUGUUCUUCCAAACUGGCUUUAGAAGAGGAUUUGCAGGAAACAAAUUCAGAUUCAACAGACGUGCCUUUGCUACUCAUAUGCCAAAUACUCAAAAGCAGAUGCUUGCUAACUAUAUGAAAUCACAAACUAUGUUGCCACAGACAACAUCCCAGCUUAUCUGGUCUAUCAACAACCAUCUCAUGCUUGAAAAUAUGGUCAACUCAAGCUUAGACGAGCUCGAAGAGAACUCACUUGUCAUUGAGACUGAAGACCUUGAAGAUUUGAGUACAACCUUACCUGUAAUAUCCGGCAGUAUAGUUGUACGAGUAACAUAAUCAGAGCAAACUCUGAAGAUUAGUUGCUUUUCAGGUCGCUAGAUAAAUUGAAGAGAAGAGCUAGCCAUUAAGCUUCCAGAACCAUGACAAGUAUUAAAAAUAGUUCAAUAAGUCUGC